AUGGUGCACGUGCAAGUGGCAAAGAUGGAUCCAACAGGUUAUGUACCGCAGUCGGAUGCAAUAGCCGACAUAGCUUUACGUUAUGCUGAAACUGGAAAUCUUAGAGUGAUAAAUGUUAUAAUUUUAUCAUUCAUUAUUAUCGCUUCUUUUUUACUGAAUCUUCUUUUGCUGUCGACUAUUCUUUCAAGCAGAGCUCUCCGUGCACUUGUUCUGCACUUAUUAUUUUGCCAUCUUGCUGUGCUGAAUAUCCUCGAUGUUAUUAGCGGAGCGCUUAUUUCCAUAUUAUUCGUAACGGAUGAUUCGUGGCUCGUUGCCGACUUAUUUUGUCGAUUUACAGUAGCACUAGGAGAAGUGCGUUUCCUUUUUAUUGCAUUUAACAGCGCUUUUUCUUCUAAUAUCGGUGGAGAAUCUCAGAAAAAUCUAUAUUUCUCGUCAGACCCGCUCCGUUUGUUUCUCGGCCAGAUAAAUUUUACCAGGAAGUUACUUGGCAAUGGAAGUACGGGUGAAUGGCCAACAUUGCCUGGAUUUUCGAAGGCCAGGUCUUUACUCUUGCGGGGAUUAGGGAUUAGGACUGCACCGUCAGCGUUCUGA